CGGCGACUUGCCCUCGUCGUGCUGUAUGUAGGCGUCGAAAUUCUCCCUCUGCCGUCACGCACCACAUUUUCAUUACGAGUGUUUAGAAUUCUCAGGUUUAGCUACUCUCGGUCGGGUCUUGCGUAUGAAAUCGAAGCAUUUUUAGCAUUUGAGGCGAAGGUGGCAUUUUUACCUACUGUGAAGUGUCGGGGCUCAUGAGAUCCCCAUCUCGCUUGAAUUGAAGGGACGUCGAAGAAUUUUUUUUGAACUCGUCUUUGUAAGAGUUUAAGAUAUUUGUGCGCGUAGAAGGAGAUAGCACUGCUUUGCAUUGGAAGCAUUGUUUCCGAGCCUCGCUUUGCCUUUGUGUAACAAUUGCCGUAGGAGAUUGCUAUCGUUUCUGGGUUUGUGAUUCAUGGUGUUUUCAGGUUGAAUUAUUAGGACGGCUUUUCCGAGGGUGAUGUUUUCUGGGUUUUACGACAUUAAAAUUUGUUAUUUAUUUUUUGCAGUCCCGGGGUACAAUUUGUUGUGCAAGACUUUUUCGCAUGGAUGAUACCAUGAGAACAUUGCAAUUUUGAAUCUAUCAUUUCGCUUCAGUCGCAGCUUCGGGGAUUGAGGAAGAUGAGCCUGUCACACAAUGCCUUUUGGGUGGCAGCGUUGGCACUGUUGCUAAGCAACUUCGUCCUUCUCUUUCAACGUUCAUCCUCUCCACCGCUUCUAUAUCAGACACUGGAAGUACCACCAACCGCUAGUGCCACUGAGAUUGAGGCAGCAUACUUUCGUUUACACCAUGCAUUGUGGAUUUCGGAGAAGGAGGGGCCAGCGUACAAUACAAUAGAGAAACUCAUUGAUGUGCAGCAUGCAUAUGAUACACUGUCUGACAAGCGGCGGCGAAGGAAUUAUGAUACCUUCCUCUUAGAUGAGCUCGAGGCAGCUGUUCAGAGAGCAAAGAAAGAGAAUGCUGGGGUUUCAGUUGAUGAACUCGAAUUCCCAUUAUGGCACGUUGAGCCCGUAAAAGAACUUGGAGAAUCUGCGACCGUUUCGCUCACUAGCCAUAAUUUUAAUAAGAUUGUUUUGGAGAGUGAUGAUGUUUGGGUUAUACAACUUUAUUCAGAGAUGAGCAUCGAUUCUCAGGAGCUAUUAGAUUCUUGGGACAGUGUUGCUAUGGACAUGGCCGGUGUGGCUCAAGUAGGUCGAGUUGAGAUUGGGCAGAUUCCUUUAUUAAUUUUGCUUGCCGAGAAAACGCUUUACACAAAACAGCCAAGGUUUGGUUCUGGUCUUCCUGAGAUUGUAGUCUUCACAUCAAAAUGUCGACGAUUCGACUGUUUGAUAAGGUACCGAGGCUUAAAGACGAAGGACGCCUUAAUCGAUUGGGUCGCAACAUCUGUUCUUAAGUUACCACGAAUUUUAUACUAUAGUUUCAAAACUCUGAUGAAAGAUGUUAUUCAAGGAGCCGGCACUCACAAGGUGAAGGUAUUAUUGUUUUCUGGCAAUGGCGAGAGGGCAGCGCCGUACCUUCGGCAAGCUGCUAAAAAGUAUUGGGAAUACGCCGUGUUUGCAAAGAUAUUGUUUCAGGAGCAGAACGCAACGUUUUGGGAGUCAAGAGUUGGGGUGAAGUCCGCCCCAGCCUUGGUAUUUGUAAAAGAUCCUGGAUUAAAACCUGUGGUAUUUCAUGGUGUUUUGAACAGCUCAUAUUUCGAAACGUUGAUCGAAGAACACAAAGCAUUUGUGUUGCCGCAGUUGCGACGCAUUUCUGCUGAAGCAUUAGGUUGUGAUGCAAGAAGGAAGUCCGUGGCUGGAAAUAGCACCACAUGGUAUUGCGUGAUAGUGGCGGGGAGAACGGGCCCAUCUUUGAGUCAAGUGCGCGGAGUUAUGCGAGAAGUCCUUCAGAAUCUAACGGAUACAGAGGUAGUGCUAGGUAGUGGAGUGCCAGGGCAUGUGCUUGCAGCGGAGGCUCUGAAGUCUCAACGCCUGAGUCUCUCAUGGCUCGACGGUGACAAGCAGAGGGAUUUCUGCUACGUUUAUCUACAUUCGCCAACAAUGUUUGAGGCUUGUGGUCCUCGGAGGAAUGGAGAAGUUGAUGACGUGCCGAAAAUAUUUCUUGUACGCUAUCAGCGGAAACUCCUUACCAUCAAAGAGCAGGAGAGAAUAGAGAAGAAUAAAGCUCUUCGUGCCAAUAACCCAUGGAUAUCUCUCCUAGAAGACAAUGACAGCGUCGCUUCACAACUUGUCUCCAAGUACGAAGGUUCUGCAACGGUAGCUGAUAUCGUACAGUGGGUAUCACAGAUGGUAUAUGAAGGCGACAACAACGACCUUCCAAGUUUUAGUGGCAAGAUGCCAGAGCUUCUUCCUGAAGAGAGUUUACCUUUCUGGGCCCAGUCACAGGAAGUUGUUGCUGAUGGACAAGCAAAAGUUGUUCACUUCAUUCAGAGGUUUAUGCAGACACUCUCACCCUACACAUCGAACAUGAGUUUAGUCCCUGUUGUUGUUUUCCUGGCUAUUUUCUUGAGCUUGCAUUUCUUUCUGCACCUCAACAAAUUUCCCCAGCUCGUUGGCCAUGAUCCAUCAGCUGGUUGAGCAGGAAAAAUAUUUGCCGAGUUUGUUGACGGUGAUACUGGUAGAGGAAGGAACAGGACGAGAUCAUCAAACUUUGCGUCUUCUCCAUUGCAACUGGUAUGUAUAUACAUUCUGUAUGAAAGAGGGCGGCGAUGCAUGUUCUUGGAACAUUGGAUUGCUGUAAGUUCAAUUACAAUGCAGUGUAAUGCAAUUGCUUUGACUCUACCGUGCUUCAUGAACUUUUUGAGAUUCUCAUUACUUAACAUUUCUUUUACUACUCAUUUGUACAAUAGUCCAUAUUUUGAGUUUUAAACGGCCAACCUCUAUCGACCCUGCGAUCUUUUUAACACAUCUAGUAAAAUUUAUAAAUUCGGAGUAUUUUUAUUUGAUGGUUCGUUUUGUUACAGUAGAGUUGAUCUUUAGAAAGUAAUCUAUCUUAAACCUACUUUCUUAGAUUGCCUACUUGUUUUGUUUUAUAAAGAUAUAAUUGUGCUAGUCAAAUGGUAGCACGUCUGGUGGAUUUCACGAAGACCGUGUCACUCAUAGGCUGCUUCAAUGGGUCAAUGGGUGUAGUGACGACAGUGCAGCUUCGUUUGUGAGGGUGGUUUGUGCUGUGACCUUACAAAAAAUCACCUAGCUCCUCUACAUGUGGGCAUUUUUGCUCGCUCAAGGCACCUUUUACCUUGACUUUUGAAUUUGAUUUGAGCAUCAAUUGAAGUUGAA